AUGGCGGCGGUGCAGAGAGCCGCGCGAGUUGGAGUUUUCUGGAAUGCGUGUGUGACGGAUAAAUACUGUGGGUGGUUGUUGUGUCAGAAGAAGAAAAGCCCCUCUCCUAUGUUCCUGGUAAGUUCAAAGAGAAGGGCUCUCUUCAUGAAGAGGGGAACUAUCCCUGGACCCAAAACCAGACCGGGAACUGAACCUGAAACCAGACUGGGUCCCAGACAGAACAGUCUAGGAGGAGGCAGCGGGCCAGAGGAAAUGGCCUCUCACCAGAGCCACACCUGCCUCAAAGACCUGUGUCCUGAAGAUAAGAAGCGGAUCUCCAACCUGAUCCAGGAGCUGGCCAGGUUGAGUGAGGAGCAGGAGGUGUCGACUCAGCGCUUCAGAGAUGAACAGUUACAAUUUGAACACAAGAUUGAAUCUCUGGAGCAACAGAACCAGAUGAUUGCUAUGGAAAGAGAGAGUCUACAGCAGCAGUACAGAGAGUGUCAGGAGCUGCUGAAGCUGCACCAGCUCUACCUGUUAGAGCAGACACACAAACUGGAGCAGUCACACUACCCUUCACACAACUCUACUCAGGUCACAGGAAAGGAGCUCGCAGCCCCAGUGUGUAACGGCUCCUACCUCAGUCUAGCGCCUCCUCAUGAACAGCAGGAGCAUUACCAGAGGACCGCCUCCCACUCUCCUGCCCCGCCCACCUCCUCUCUGAGCUCCAGUGAUCAGAGCCUCUGUGGGGAAGAGUCCACAAAGAGUCCACAUCUGGAGUCUCUGCAUUGGCACCAGAAAAAACGCCAACUCCUGAAGCAAAAACUCAUACUGGAGGAGGAGAGGGACCGUCUGCAGAGGAGGCUGACAGAGCAUGAGGAGCGUAAGAGGCUGACCGAGCAGCAGGAGGAGCGUAGGAGGCUGACCGAGCAGCAGGAGGAGUGCCGGGGGCUGACCGAGCAGCAGGAGGAGUGCCGGGGGCUGACCGAGCAGCAGGAGGAGUGCCGGGGGCUGACCGAGCAGCAGGAGGAGUGCCGGGGGCUGACCGAGCAGGAGCGGAGGAGGCUGACCGAGGAGCAGACAAGGAGUAGUGAGAAGAUGCAGAGUCCACAGCCAGCCAGAAAGUCAACUGAUGGUCACCUCUCAGAGCCCAGCAGCAGUAGAGAGCUCAGCAGACGUGACAUUGGCACAUCUCCAGAUCUUCGCACCACUCCACAGGCCCGACCGGACCUGGACCUGUCUUUGACUGAGCUCCUGGAUGUCUUCAGUCCUGUGAGAAGCUCCACCAACAAGCAGAGAGCAGGCCCCGCCUCCCGCUCAGGCCCCGCCUCCCGCUCAGGCCCCGCCCCCGCAGACCUGGAGGAGAGUCGUAUCCUGGAGGACAUCUUCUUUAUCUGCUGA